AUGGGUUCUAUUUCUGCAAUUCACCAUAUAGAGUUUAUUGUCUCCAACGCGCUACAGUCCGCUUAUUGGUAUUGCAGCAGUUUUGGAUUCCAAAAGUUUGCAGAAAGGAACACGGAAGUCUCGACAAGUUACGCAUUGAAAAAUGGAACGGCUCGCGUUAUCAUUACGUCGUACAAUUGUGCUAACGUCUACACGGAACAGCUUAUCAAACAUGGGGAUUUCAUCAAAGACGUCGCAUUCCGUGUUGACUUCCUAGAUGGCGUUUUACAGAACUUGAUGGAAAAUGACAUCAAAGUUAUUCAACAGGGAGAAAUCAAGACAAAGGAGGGAUUAGUUCGAACGGCCACACUACUUGCUGAUGGAAGUGAUGUGACGCACACACUUUAUGAGUUGGGAUCAUUCACCGGAAACUUUCUUCCUUAUUUCACGCCGACAGCUAAUUUUGAGUUGUUCGACAGAAUAGAAAGGAUGCCAGCAAUUCUAAUGGACCACGUAGUCCAGAACUAUCCAAUUGGAGAGAUGGAGGCAGCGGCUGACUGGUAUUAUAAGACGAUGAACUUGAAAAGGUUCUGGUCAGUGGAUGAUAAAGUCGCCACUUCGGAAUUCUCUGCGAUGAGUGCGUGGCUCUUGGUUAAUGAGGAUCAUACGGUACAAAUGACGCUCGCCGAAGGAGUGAAAGGGAGAAAAGGGAAAAGUCAGAUUGAGGUAGAUACAUUUUUAAUAUGUUUCGAAUCUGCAAAUGACUUUUUUCAGGAGUUUAUCAGUUUUCAUGGCGGUUCUGGCGUUCAACACUUUGCCCUUCUUGUUGAUGACAUCAUUUCAGCGGUUCAACUAAUGAAGACAAGAAGUGUGGAGUUUCUCACGAUCCCUGGUGAAUACUACAAUAUUCUAGAAGAGAGGCUGAGCAGGACAAAUUUGAAUGUAAAGGAGGAUUUGAAAAUGAUCCGCAAGCUCAACAUCCUGAUGGACUUUGAUGAGAACGGGUAUCUCCUCCAAAUCUUUAGUAAGCCUAUGCAAGAUCGGCCUACCCUAUUCAUAGAGAUAAUCCAAAGAGCCAACUUCAAGGGAUUUGGUGCCGGAAACUUCAAGGCGUUGUUCGAUGCAGUAGAACGUGAACAAGAGAAGCGAGGAACCCUUUUCUGA